UAAAAUAAAACAAAAUAAUCUCAUUGGCCAAACGACCUUUAUAUUCAAGUUUCGCGGCAACGCCACCUUCUUUCUCUCUCAAAAAUUUAUCUUUCUCUAAAAUUUUGUUUUUGUUUUUCCCUUUUUGAAAAUCUCUCUUUUUUCUUUCCUUCUUUCUGUAAAACCCUUUGUUUAUCUUCAUGGUUUAUACUCAGAUAGAACAAGGCCGGAAAUUGGGGUCUUUGAUUUAUGUCCACUUUAUCUGCUUUUUCGCUUGUUGAUUGGCUGAGAAUCAUGUUGAAAAGCUUAUUUGGCUAGUUCAUUCAAGUUAUAGAUAACACAUUUUAUUUUGGGUUUAUGUUUGUUGAUGGAAUGUUUCAGAUAGAUAAAGUUGUUGAUGGCCCCAACAAGAAAAUCUGCACUUGUUUUGCUGCUGGGGUCUUUGAUUUGUGUCCAAUUUAUCAGCUUUUUCACUUGUUGAUUGGCUGAGAAUCAUAUUGAAGAUGUUGGCUAGUUCAUUCAAGCUAUAGAUAACAUUUUUUGGGUUUAUGUUUGUUGAUGGAAUGUUUCAGAUAGAGAAAGUUGUUGAUGGCCCCAACAAGAAAAUCUAAAAGUGUGAACAAACAAUAUUGGAGUAUAUAUGAAGUCUCUCCUGAUAAAGAUGUUGGGAAUUCAAGAAAAAGUAAGCCAAAGAAGAAAUUAGCUGACAAGUUAGGAUCUCAAUGGAGCAAGGCAGAGAUUGAGCGUUUUUAUAAAGCUUAUAGAGAGUAUGGGAAAGAUUGGAAGAAGGUGGCUGCUGCUGUGCGUAAUAGAUCCACUGAAAUGGUGGAGGCCCUUUACAGUAUGAAUCAGGCAUAUUUAUCCCUGCCAGAUGGAAUAGCUUCUGUGAUUGGCCUUACAGCCAUGAUGACUGAUCACUAUAGUGCCCUGGGUGGGAGUGAUGGUGAAAGAGAGAGCAAUGAGCCUUCUGAAAUACCCCAGAAAGUUCAAAAGCGCAAGCGGGCAAGGGUUCCUCUUGGGUCCUCAAAAGAGGGUGUUGUUCAGCCCCAAUCGAUUGUAUCUAGUCCGGGAUGCCUGUCUUUGUUGAAAAGGGCAGGCCUUAACGGUAUUCCUACUCAUGCAGUUCGGAAAAGGACCCCUCGGGUGCCUGUUUCAUGUUCAAAUAGGAGAGAUGACACUGAAAGUUACAUUCCACCAAACAAAAAAGUUAUGAAGUCUGAGGCUGAUGGUAAUGAUGAUGAACAUGUUGCUGCAUUGACAUUGACAUUGACAUUGACUGGGGCAUUGCAAAGGGGAGGCUCCCCUGAUGUUUCUCAGACACCUUAUAAAAGAGCUGAAUGCAGAAGAUCCUCACCUAUUCAGAGCUAUGAUAGGAUGUUGCCACAAUUGGAGACAACUAAGGCCAAGUUUCAUGAUUCUUCCUAUGAAUGCCGGAUGGAAGGCAGGCCUGGGGGCACAAAACCUGUAAGUGGAACUUAUGCCAGAGGUACAGGCCCCUUGAUGGAUAUGGAAGGUGUUGGUUCUGUUGAAGUUCAUCAAAAGGGGAAAAAAUUUUACAGGAAGAAAAUCAAAGUUGAAGAGAUCAAGAGCAAUCUGUCUGAUGAUGGUGGAGAAGAGUGUAGCAGCACUGAAGAAGGAAUUAUAGGUAGUGCUCUCGAAGGGAAAGAUGAUAUGGAGAUUUCCAGUGCUAAAAAUGAACUUUCACCAUGGAGUCAGGGGAAGAGAAGCAAGAAGCAUGUCUUUGGAGAUGAAAGCUCUUCCCUAGAUGCUCUGCUGACAUUAGCCAAUUUGUCUACAUCAAUGUUGCCAACAUCAAUAAUGGCAUCUGAGGAUAGAAUUACACUUGAAGCUGAUGACAAGUUUAGUGUACCUGAAGCUAUAUCUAUAAGUCAAAGUGGAGAUAAAACUAAGCACCUUGGGCCAAAUGAAAAGGUGCUCAACUUAAUCAAUGGAGCUGAAGAUGCUACCUCUAGAAAAUCUAAAGUUGGGAGGUAUUCUGCUACAGAUGACAAUGUUGUUUCUGAUCCAAAACAACAGCCUGAACCUACCAACAACACAUGGAAAAGAAAACACAAAUCCUUAAGUUCAAAGGACAUGGCUGAAGAAGAGAAAAAAUAUCUCAGUAAAGGUAAAUGUGGCACUCAAUCUUCUGUUCAUUCAAGACAAUGGAAAUCAUUCAGAGAGCCAGAGGAUUCCCCCACUAAUAUUGAUCCAAAAAUGGCUGGAAUUGAUUCAGUGGUGUCAACUUCACAAGUUUCUGCUCCAAACCCUGUUAGCUUACCAACUAAGCCUCAAAGUAGACGUAAAAUGAACCUGAAGAGAGCUUUACUUUCAACGGAUAUAAAUUCUUCCAAGUACACAUUGAAAAGUCAACCAAACAAGCAUUCUCUUUCACAAGACAGACUAAAGGAAAAGCUCUCUUCCUACCUAACAUCUAAUCUGUCACGAAGAUGGUGCUCUUUUGAAUGGUUUUACAGUGCUAUUGAUUAUGCUUGGUUUGCUAAAAGGGAGUUUGCGGAGUACUUAAAUCAUGUCGGAUUGGGUCACAUUCCAAGGCUUACUCGUGUUGAGUGGGGUGUCAUAAGAAGUUCCCUUGGCAAACCGCGGAGGUUUUCUGAAUGCUUUUUACAUGAAGAGAGGGAAAAACUUAAAAAGUAUCGGGAGUCUGUGAGACAAUAUUAUAGUCAACUUCGCAUUGGCUCUAGGGAAGGACUUGCAACGGAUUUGGCACAUCCUUUAUCAGUCGGACAACGAGUAAUUGCCAUUCAUCCAAAAACAAGGGAAGUUAAUGAUGGAAAAGUACUUACUGUUGAUCAUGACAGGUGCAGGGUUCAGUUUGACAGUCAUGAACUAGGAGUUGAAUUUGUCACGGAUAUUGAUUGUAUGCCACUAAAUCCAUUGGAAAAUAUGCCAGAAACUCUUAGGAGACAAAAUUUUGCUUUUGAUAAAUUCUCUGUGACACCUAAAGAGUCUCAAGGGAAUGGAAAUUUAGAUUUUGUUGGGUCUGUGGUAUUCACUUCAAGUGGGCAUCUGGAGAAUGCAACCAGCCCUGUGAACAUGUUGGCAAACCCGAUAAAGGUUGAUGCAAACCGUACCAUUUUGCAUACUAACGCUGCUGUUUCUAAUGUUGUUACUGCACAUCAAGCGGCACAUGGUAAACCCCUUUCCAUGGCACACAUUCGAGGGAGGGAAGCUGAUCUACGAGCUAUGUCUGAAUUGAACUGUGCUCUGGACAGAAAGGAAGCUUUACUGACAGAGCUCAGAAAUACUAAAAAUGAAAUAUUGGAAAACCAAAAUGGAAGGAGUUGUUUAAAGGUUUCUGAACCUUUCAAGAAUCACAUAGCCACGGCUUCUUCUGCUUUACGUAACUUGGGACAACGUAAUGCUUACCCAGCAAACCCCCUGUCAACAUGGCAGAAACUCCCAACUGAUCCCAAUUUCUUUGGUGGAUGGACAAGUUCUGUUGAUAGUUCUCUUGUUGCACCUGAAGCAGGAUCUGUUGUGGGUGAAAUUGUCCAAGGCUCAAGAUUAAAAGCGCAUGCCAUGGUGGAUGCUGCUAUCAAGGCCGUUGCAUCCAAGAAGGAAGGUGAAGAUGCAUUUAUGAGGAUUGCAGAAGCAUUGGACUCUGUAGAUAAAAAGCAAUUUGCAUCUGACAUUAGGAUGCCGGUAAUCAAGUCACAGGAGCAGUACAAUGGCUGUAUGGAUUAUCACAUUCACUUGGUUUCCAGUGCAUCAAAACCAACGCUCACUGGUUGGACCCCUGAUCCCAAGUUGAGGGAGGCUUCUGGCAGGAACGAGGAACAAGUUCCAUCGGAGCUUAUCACAGCAUGUGUUGCUACUUUGCUCAUGAUACAGACAUGUACAGAACGACAAUUUCCACCAGCCUAUGUGGCUCAUAUCAUUGAUUCCGCUGUUACAAGCUUGCACCCAUGCUGUUCCCCGAACCUGCCUGUUUACCAGGAAAUACAAACAUGCAUGGGCAAAAUAAAGACUCAAAUAUUAGCUUUGAUCCCAACUUCAACAUGAUGCUUUGUUUUCUUUACAUUUUUUAUAGAUAGAAGACUGUAAUCUGAGGAUAAAAGAAAGAAUUACAAGUGUUGAAAUUUGAAUAUUGAAUUUCAUAGAUCUAACAAGAAAAUUUUGUUCUCUCAUUUCACCAUGUAAAUAUGUUGGAAUCCAUGUUCCUAGUAUAAUUCCUUUCAAGUUUUUUCUUCCUCGUUUAGCAGUUUUUGUUAGCAUGGAUCAAUAAUUAUACAAAUCUCAAUGAUCCUAAUUUGACCUUAUUUGUCCUUCACUUACAGGUUCUUAAGUAGAAUGCAAAGUAGUCUAAUUGUUCUGCCGUUAUCUAUAAUUUAUCUUCAUAACAAAUCAAGUUUAAUCAUAGAUCAGAGAACAAAGUAGGAAGCGGUAAUGCUGGGCCAUGGUCAUUGGGUUUUUGAGCCAUACCCUUGGUCUUGGUGGAUUGGUCAUGAACAGAUGUAAUAGAAAAUCAUAUGCAGAAAUAGAUCAGAUUUUUCAAAUUGCUCCAAACAAAUGCACAGAUAGUAUCAAUUGGCAUGACAAGAUAUCUGAAAUGAACCCAAGAA